AUGCGUUUGAUUGUCAGAGAGCGCACCGAGCAGGCCGCACAAUACAUCGCCGCGUAUAUUGUCAAACGAAUCAAUACCUUCGCCCCGACGGCAGAACGGCCAUUCGUCCUGGGUCUACCGACGGGUAGCAGUCCUCUACCCAUAUACCAAGCCUUGAUUGCCGCAUAUUCUCGAGGGGAAAUCUCAUUUCAGCAUGUCGUAACAUUCAACAUGGACGAGUACGUCGGUCUACCUCAUGAGCAUCCCGAAUCAUACCACUCGUUCAUGUACAACAAUUUCUUCCGACACAUCGAUAUUGACGUCAAGAAUGUCAACCUUCUCAAUGGCAACGCCGCAAGUCUAACGGACGAGUGUCUCGCGUACGAGUCCAAAAUCAAAGCCCUCGGUGGAAUUGAACUAUUCCUUGGCGGCGUGGGUAGCGACGGACACAUUGCAUUCAACGAGCCUGGAUCUAGUCUGGCCAGCCGGACUCGAAUCAAGUCCCUCGCCCAUGAGACCAUCAUCGCUAAUGCACGAUUCUUUAAUGGCGACGUCGACGCUGUGCCACGCAUGGCGCUGACGGUAGGAGUGCAGACCAUUAUGGAUGCCAGGGAGGUAGUCAUAAUCGCAACGGGACACGGAAAGGCACUUGCUAUUCAACAGGCUGUUGAGCGUGGUGUCAGUCACUUGUGCACAUUGUCUGCCUUGCAGCUACAUCCAUCCAGCAUGGUGGUCGUUGACGAGGAUGCUACGAUGGAGCUGAAAGUGAAGACGGUCAGGUAUUUCACGGGCGUGGAACAUACUAUCCUUCAACAAGGAAUAAGCAACGAGACUUCGUCCACACUCACACUGGCUACCUCGAGUGAAACGGCGUGGAGAGAGCCGGAAGAUGGAGAAAUGACGCCAGACAGUAUGUCUUCACGCAUUGGACACCCGAAGCCGUUGACCGUUCGAUCUGUGACGAUGCCGUUUUCACCGGUUUGA